ACAUAUUACGUAUGAAUGCAAUCUCUUUUGAUACGAAUUAUAAAUAGUUGUUUUAUAUAAAAUUCUCGAAUUUUCAAAUUUAUUGAUUUUAUUAGAAUUUUACUCGUUGUAUCGUUAAUCAUAAUAAUCUUAUACAAAUAUAUAUUUCGAAAUAAAAUAAAAGUUGAUAAGAUUGAUUAUCAAAUGUAUUAGAACUGUCAAUGUUACGUUUCUACAUGCAAUUUAUUUUAUCAAAAAUACGAAACUUACGGAGAAAAUAUAUCGAUAGAAAAAUAUGGAAAGUGGCUCAUUGACAAAGGUUUUACAUGAUUUUUUUACAACUAUAGAUGGAGAAUUAAGUCUUUACAAGGGAGAACACUUUUUGAUACAUAAAGUAAUUGACAAGCAUUGGUGUUACGGACAAUCAAAUAAUAAAAUAGGAAACUUUCCUUUGAAUCAUUUACAUAAAGUUGAGAUUCCAUUCUUAUCAGAUACCCAAAGUUUAUUUGUAUCAAUAGCUGCCUUUGCAGGGGAACAAUCUGGAGAUUUAUCAUUUGGAGCAGGGGAUCUUAUUAUUGGAAUACAUGAAGUUGGAUCAGGAUGGUACUACGGCCAAAUAGAUUCCAGAGUUGGAAUUUUUCCUACUACCCAUACGUGGCAGUUAGAUACAAAUUUAAUAAAGAGAACGGGUAAUAAGAAAUUAAUAAGAAAAAAAGGAAGAGUGAAAGUAACAUUGAAGGCACAAUUGGAAGAAGAAUUAGAUUUAAAUGAAGGUGAAGUAGUAACUGUGACAGAAGUUUUGGAUGAUGGUUGGUGUCGUGGAAUUACGGAAGAUGGUAGAAAUGGGAUCUUUCCAGAAGGAUUUAUCUCUUAUAUGAAUGAUGAGACAAAUGAUCAAACCGAUACAUGUGUCUCAAGAGAAAACGUUUUACCUUCGUCUCUAUACAAUAUUAAUUCAGUAGAGAAUAAUGUUUCCAAUAGUUAUUCGGUACAGUCAUAUAAAGAGGAGGAUCCUGCACCAAGUUAUUACGACUUAUUUCCACAAUUUUCUACGUCCAAAGAAGAAGUUUCAGAAGAUAAUGAUCGCGACGAUAAUGCAAAUUCAUUCGACGUUAAACCAUAUGCCAUAACUUUAUAUCCAUUUAAUGCUCAAUUUCCAAAUGAAUUAAAUUUUGGAGUAGGGGAAAUAGUACAUCUCAUAAAACACGUUGAUUCGGAAUGGAUGGAAGGUUCUAUCGAUGAUAAUAAAGGAAUUUUUCCAAUAUCUUAUGUCAAUAUUGUAGUAGAUUGUCCAGAAAUGAAAGCUAAAGAAGAAACACUUAAUAAAGAAGACAAUAGCACAGAAUAUACUCUAUUAGAACCAGGUACAAUGGCCAAAGUGGAAUAUACAUUUAAAGCACAAAUGGAUGGAGAUUUGAAUAUAACAGAAGGCGAUAUUGUAACUAUUAUCAGUAUGGCUAAUGAAAAUUGGAUUAAUGUAAAAAAUGUUAAUGGCGAAAUUGGUUUGUGUCCAAGAGGAUAUUUAAGUUCAAGCCCAAUAUCAGAACCCAAUACAGAUUCCACAAUAGAUCUGUUAGAAGAUUUUGUUGUAUUAAGAGAUGACAAGCCUAGUUCAUUAACAGAUGAAGAAUAUAAACCAAAAAGACUUUCAGAACCUCAUAGACCAGCACCACCAGCACCUGCUCCUGGUCGUAUGCCAUUGCAGAACAGUAACAAAGAUUUGACAAUCGAUAAUGCAUGUGCAUCUGAAAUAUCAAUAGAUAUUAGUGAAAAAAAGGCGGAUCAAAGACAAAACGUUAUAUCGGAAUUAGUGCUUACAGAAAAAGAGUAUGUUCGUGAUCUGACAUUAACUUAUGAAACUUUUAAUCUAUCUAAUCCUGAUUUUCUUAAAGCAAAAGGUAUAGAUGUUGAUGUUCUAUUUGGAAACAUAUUAGAAAUUAUCCAAGUUGCAGAAGAAUUAUUACAUGAGAUAUUAAGAGCUAUGAAGGGAUGUGACGAGCAAUUACAGCAAAUUGGUACGUGCUUUACAAAAAUGGCAAAUAAAUUACGUGUUGUAUAUGUGAAGUACUGUGGAAAUCACGAAGCAGCGCUUGCUUUAUUAAAAAAGUAUGAAAAUAAUGAAGAAAUAAUGAGUGUAUUUAACAAGGGUACUGAGACAUUACGUUAUCAAAUAGCUUGCUUUGACAUGAGCUCCAUUCUUAUAAAACCCGUACAAAGAAUAUUAAAAUAUCCUCUUAUUUUGUUUGAAUUAAUAAAGUGUACCGAGGAUGAUCAUCCAGAUAAACUAUCUGUAAAAGAAGCAUGGAAGGCGAUGACUGAUGUGGCUUGUUACAUUAACGAGUAUAAACGUCGAAAAGAUUUAGUGUUGAAAUAUUUAGACAACGAUAAUACGUUAAUUAGAAAAAUGGCUAAAUUAAAUAUGCAUUCCGUUGCGAAGAUGUCAACACGUUUAAGUACGAAACUAUCUGCUAGUUUAGGUUUGACAAAUAUUGCAGUGGAUCCUGUAUUUGAAGAACUCGAAAGACAAUUUAGAUCUAUAGAAAAAUGUACGUGGCAAUUGGCAAAGGACGUCGAAAUGUGUGUUAUUUAUUUAAGCGAUGAGGCUAUUUCCGGUGAAGUUAUGUCAGAUUAUUUAAAUCAAUAUUAUCAGGGAACACCAAAUCUUGAAAUUAAACGAAUAAGAGAUAUCCGUUCGUUAAUUUGGUCACAAUUUAUGCAAGAUUUAAAAUCUUGUUUGGAAAUACGUUUAAAUGUGCCAUUGAAUUUAUUGACAACAUUUUUAGAAGGUCCUGCAAUAUUAAUAACAAAGAGACACGAUAAAUUGUUAGAUUAUGACGCUGCCAUUUCUAAAAGCGAAAAGUAUAAAGAUUCCAAAAUUGUACAGGAUGAAUUAGCAACGGCAAAGGGUAAUUUCGAAGCCUUGAAUCAACAAUUGUUGGAGGAAUUACCGAUAUUAAUCGAUGCAGCUAUGAAAGUCUUAGUUAAAUGCAUUAACGCUUUUGCGAAUGCUCGUAAACUUUUAAGCGGAAGAAUUACGAAAAGAUAUUUAAAACUUUGCGAGAUUACGACUCAAGUGUCGCUAAAAGAUAUUCUAGAAUCUUUCCUGGUAAAUCAUAAUUUACUUUGGAAUCAAAUCGCACGUUUCUCAUUCGGUGGUACGAAUCAAAGAACAGAAGAGGAAAAAGAAGAAUGUUGUUCGCAAGACGAAGAGGAACGGAUAUUAUUGACAAAAAAAUAUACGAGGGAUAAGUUGUACGUUUUAAAAGAAAACGUAACGAAAACUACAUCACUCGAUUUGGGAGCUACAAAAGGAUCUUUGGUAGCUGUUAUAAAGAAUCAAGAUCCUAUGGGUGAUAUUACGAGAUGGCUUGUUGACAAUGGUACUGUCAAAGGUUUUUUACCAGCUAAUAAAUUGACACCUUUACAACAAAUUCAACAACCUAUCAAAGAAGCAACUAGCUUGGAAUCUAAUGUCAAUAGGAAUACCGAUUCAAUGUCAGAUCUUAUAUCGAUGAUUUCACCUGAAAAGGAAGUAAAACCAUUGUCGGAAUCUAAUUUGCAAUCGUUACUUUAUUUAAAUAUAGACGAAGAACUUAAUACCAAUCAAAUUUAUAGCAACAUUGAAGAAAUUUCGAAAACUCAAACGUAUCAAAAUCUUACUUAUGAAUUUUAUUACACCAUGUACGAUUUUGCUGGUGGUAUACCUGGUACAUUACCGGCGAAGAAAGGUAAAGCUCUUAGGCUCAUUAGGCCACACGAUGAGAAAGGAAAUGAUGAAUGGUGGCUUGUAGAAGAUCGUUACGGGCAGAGCGGUUACGUUCCUAAAAAUUAUUUGACUCCAGCACCACAGACGAAACCAUAAUUCAAAAACUAUUAUAUGCGAAAUAUUAAUUUACUUUAUAACCGUACAAAUUUUCUUAAAUAUUUUCUCGUGCCUUAAUUUAUACAAUGAUUCGCUUAUAACAUUUACAUAUAGAAAUUUAUAUACAAGUAUAUAUUUAAUCAAGUUAUUAUGUAGUUAUAUACGCAGCUGAUUUUCUUCAUCUUUUUUUUUUUUUUACAUUGAAGAGAUUAGUACUAAACAAGAAAACGAAUGUGUGUAUAUAUAUAUAUAUAUAUACAUAUCUUUCGUUCGAAAACUUAUUUCAACUCAGUAUAUUUUCACUGUCUAUGUCACUAUCAUCGUUAUCUAAUAUGUGUAUUCAUAAAAAAAAAAAAAAAAAAAAGAAUAAAAAUAAAAAAAAAAGUAAAAAAAAACAACAGAAAAGAAAACAAAAAAAAAAAUACUUUUAGUGACGUUGAUAAAUUUACUUUUCUGUGAUAUGGUAAUAUUGUAUAUCAUAUUCUUACAUAGCACGUUACUCUCUUAAAAACAAACUUAUAAUCUCGUAAUAUAUUUCUUUAUGGUAUUUCUAUAUCAAUUUUAAACCGUCUGUUUACUUUAUGUGUAUAUUUUAUUGUAUAUUGAAAAUGUAAAAUUGUUUAUCAUCUACACACAUAUAUAU